GGCGGGAAAUGGCGACUUCAUGGUCUGGUGCGGAAAACCUGGUUUAAUCACAACGAAACACGGAAAACCGGCUUUAAAUAUAAAAACCCGGGGACAGGGACUGUCUCUGCAGCGUCUCCGACCUCACGGACAUCCUCCGGGGACAGCUUUACAGGCUUUAACAAUUUAGAUGUAACCAAACAACAAGAUGAAGCUGAGAGUGCGUGAGGCAUCUCAGCUGCCAGACCCGUCUCGUGUCCGUCGACGAGCCCGAAAACCCACACGCAGACGCUCGCAGUGCUCUCCUGGAGGAAAACGCCUCCUGAAGACUAACAUUCAUCAUGAUGCAGCGAAGGUGGAACCCAAGAAACAAGGAGGAGCUAAGAAGAGUCACAUGACCUACGAUCUCAUCACCUCGUCCCCUAAAGGUGCCAACAGGACCCGAGUAACUAACCAAGAAACCAGGAGCCAUGAUGCCAGUAAACAGACCAAGAGCAGCGUGAAACUGGAGCCUGGAGAUGCUUUGGACAGUCCUCCUCGAACCACCGUCCUGGGGACCGUCUUCUCCCCGGUCUUUAAUUACUUCUCCCCGGCUAACAGAACAGGUUUGGACCUGCCGGGUCAGGCCAUGGAGGCGGAGGAGAUCAUAAAGCAGGUGGAGGAGAUGCCCAUGGGCACUGCCACAUCUUCACCGGGACAGUGUGUCCCACUCUACCCCAGUGCCAUGUCCCACUACUACAGCCAUACCGAGCGAGUGGACGAAGGGGACGAUGUCGCUCGUGUAGAUCUGCCGCCUCUCACGGCUGCAGGAUGUCCUGUAGUCAGUGGUUAUGUCGAGGUUCCUGCCUACACCCCCGACCCCGCGUGUGAGGAGGACUGGGAGGUGUUCGACCCGUAUUUCUUCAUUAAGCACGUCCCUCCCCUGAGCGAGGAGCAGCUGACCCGUAAACCUGCUCUGCCCUUAAAGACGCGCAGCACGCCCGAGUUCUCCCUGGUUAUAGACCUGGAUGAAACUUUAGUUCAUUGCAGUCUGAACGAGCUGGAAGAUGCAGCACUGACGUUCCCCGUGCUCUUCCAAGAUGUUAUUUACCAGGUUUAUGUUCGCUUGAGGCCGUUCUUCAGAGAAUUUCUCCAACGGAUGUCUCAGAUUUAUGAGAUUAUUCUCUUCACCGCUUCAAAGAAAGUUUACGCAGAUAAGUUGCUGAACAUCCUCGAUCCGAAGAAGCAGUUAGUUCGGCACAGAUUAUUUCGCGAACAUUGUGUCUGUGUCCAGGGAAACUACAUCAAAGAUCUGAACAUUCUCGGGAGAGAUCUCUCAAAGACCAUAAUCAUCGACAACUCGCCUCAAGCCUUCGCGUAUCAGCUGUCUAACGGGAUCCCGAUCGAGAGCUGGUUCAUGGACAAGAACGACAGCGAGCUUCUCAAGCUGGUGCCUUUUUUAGAAAAGCUUGUGGAACUGAACGAAGAUGUGCGACCGCACGUACGUGAGCACUUCCGUCUACACGACCUGCUGCCCCGAGACUGAAGUGCGAGACCGGGGACGUCCUCAGCUUAAACAAACACAAGUAAUAAAGACUGACCAUGAUGACAGACCAGCCUUUUUGCUUAAAGAAUAAUAAUGUAUAGAGUUGCCUUUUAUUUCCUUUCUGCUGUUCGAGUUCUGAUAGGAGAUGAUUUAUCGACUCUGGUGUACAGAAAACAAGGCUGUAGGCUUUCCUCUCUCUCUCUCUCUCUCUCUCUCUGAGUCACAGUGAUGUUAGGGUUUUUUUUUUUCUUUCGUAUGUACUAAAUCUUUUUUCUUCUUUUCAAACUCUGAAGUGAACGAGUGCAAUGUAAAGAAAAGAAGAUCUCGUUUAUUUCUAGUGGUACUGUCUUUUAGUUUGUUUGUUUGUUUGUUUUUAAGGGGGAGAAAAGUGUUUACUUUUUAUUUUAUUAUUCUUUUUUUUCUCUCUCUCUUCUGAACCAUAUUAUUCAGAAACUCUUCUGUAUUUUUAACUCAUUACAGUGAAACAUAGGAUCGAUAAGAGUUCAGUUAGAAAUAUGAGACUGGACCAGCCAAAAUGGCCACUUUAAUAGGAACUCCUACAAGUCUGACUGUUCUCUUGGAACAGCACAGCUUCUCCUCUUCUCACUAUGGACGUAAUCAAACCAGCUCACAGAGAACAACCAGACCACAGUCAGAGUCAUGGAGAUCAUAAUCUUAUUUUUCAUUAUCUUGGAUUUUUUGAUCUGAUCGAUUAACUGAUUGCACGAACGAGCAGCUGUUCCUAUUUAAGUGGCCCUUGACUGUAAAAUAUUUAGCAUCAUUUUCAAUGGAGAAAGUUACUACAAGUAUUUCAGCAUCUACACCUUCAUACUUGCAUUUCAAUUUCAGAGAACACCACCUGAGGUCAAUUUUUAACUUUUUUUUGUUUUGUUUUUAACGUUUUUAUUUUGUAUCAAGCUUUUACAGUAUAUAUAUGUUUUUGUAUUAGAUAAUAUCUAUUUUUUUAAAUCAGUGUUCAUGAUUCAUUAUGGUUUAGCAUUCAUUUGUAAAUAAGUGUUUUAACGAAAUGUAGUACGAUGUUUCAAUUUAACCUUUUUUUUUUUUUUUUGUGCAAACCGGAAUCGCGCACACUGCCAGAGUGUGUGUAAGUGUGCAUCAUCGCAACAUCAUCGAUGAAAUGAUCUUUGUUUGGGCAGAGGAAAAAAGAAAAGACGCCUUUGCUUCAAACGCAUACACAGAUUUAGAAAAAAAAUUAGUGAAUUUUGCUAGAAAGUUGUUUAUAAUCUCAUAACGAGGCUGAGAAAUAUUAAACACAUUGCUGUUUUUUCACUUCA